UUCACGCGUGUGUGUAUAUAUAAUCCUACCCCAUUGAUACCAAAGAACAUUAGCUGCAACAAAGAAACAAAGAAAAAGAGAGAGAGAGAGAGAGAAAGAAGGGCCUAUAAGCCCCUCUCUCUUCUUAUUAUGCUUCUUCUCAGAUCUUAGAUUCUCUUACUUUUCUCCAUCUGGGUUUUUUUCCUUCUUCAAUAUUAUUGUUUCUUUAAAAACUAAAUAAAAAACCAUAACCAGCAAAGGAAUCCUGGAUUGUUGGUCGGUUGAUGAUCGAAUCUGUAAUUGGUCUCAUGCGCUUCGAUUGAAUCCAGCAGCACCCGAUCUCUCUUUAUAUAUUGAUAUAUAUAAAAAAGGAAUACAAGGCUUUGUUUGAUUUUCGGUAUUCAGACAAGGAUGGAAAUGGAACUUGGCAAGCUAUUCAUUGGUGGGAUUUCUUGGGACACAAAUGAGGAACGUCUUAGAGAAUAUUUUCAGACUUUUGGGGAUGUUGUCGAAGCUGUUAUAAUGAAGGAUCGGGCUACCGGUCGUGCCCGGGGCUUCGGGUUUGUUGUUUUCGCGGACCCGACUAUAGCAGAAAGAGUUGUAAUGGAAAAGCAUAUGAUAGAUGGUAGAGCUGUUGAGGCAAAGAAGGCAGUUCCUAGGGAUGACCGGAAUGUUCUAAACAAAAGCAAUGCUAGCAUUCAUGGAUCACCCUGUCCUGCUCGAACAAAAAAGAUAUUUGUUGGAGGGUUAGCAUCCACAGUUACCGAGGGUGACUUUAAGAGGUACUUUGAGCAGUUUGGUACAAUUACAGAUGUUGUUGUGAUGUAUGAUCACAAUACUCAGAGGCCACGAGGUUUUGGAUUCAUAACUUAUGAUUCAGAGGAAGUUGUGGAUAAGGUCUUGCAACGAACAUUUCAUGAACUCAAUGGAAAAAUGGUUGAGGUCAAACGGGCUGUCCCCAAAGAAUCAUCUCCGGGGCCAAGUCAGAACCAGUUAGGAGGAUAUAACUUUGGUCUGAGUAGAGUCAAUAGCUUCCUUAAUGGUUACAUGCAGAAUUAUAAUGCUAGUUCAGUUGGAGGUUACGGUAUUAGAGCGGAAGGUAGAUUUAGCCCAGUUACUGUUGGUCGGGGUGGAUUUCCUCCGCUGGGCCCUGGUUACGGGAUGGGACUUAAUUUUGAGCCGAAUUUUAGUCCAGGUUAUGGAGGAAGCUCAAACCUUAGUUCUAACCUCAGUUACGGACGGGGGUUGAACACUUCAUUUAAGCCAGACAGGCUUGCUAGCCUACUCGGGUAUGGUGGGGGCAGUGGAGGAAAUAGCUCUAUCUCAAAUGUAGCAGGUCGAAAUAUGUGGGGAAAUGGCAGUCUUAACUAUGCUGCUAACUCCACAAACUCUAAUUCUAUCAUGGGUUCUGGAAGUGCGAAUUUAGGGGUGCAUUCUUUCGGCAACAGUGGACCACUUUGGGAUUCCUCUCCUUCUUCAGAUCAAGGUGGUGCAGCUUUUUCUUAUAAUAGCGGCAAUCUCAGAUACAGAAAUGGAGAUUUUGGGGUUGGAUCAGUAGGGAUAGGCUACGAGAGAAACAACGGGGCCGGUUUUGCACAUGUAUCAUCCCAAGGUGCUUCAAAUGGUGGUUAUAACAGGGCUUAUGCUGAUACCGAUGAAAAUGGAUCACUUUAUGGGGAUUCCACUUGGCUGCCUUCACCCCUAGACCUAGAGCGGUCUAGUUCCUUCGGUUUUGGGCUGAAAAACACAACUUCAGAUGUUAGGACUAAUAGCUCUGCUGGUUACAUUGGCGGCUAUGGUGUUACCAAUAUGCAGUCAGAUAGGGGAAUUGCCGCAUAGGAGGACGGUUCCAUAAUGUGAAAAA